AUGUCUUCGCUGCUCGCUACUGCCGUCUGCCUCACCAGCGCCCUCCUCCCCUCUCUGACCCUCGCUCAAGAACCUAUACCUCAAGCCCAAUCGCCCAUCGCUAGCCCCGGAGCAACAAGCAGCUACUCUUUUGUGGGCGAUCCCCACUCAACCAUCACGGUUCAAUGGGGUGAAAAGCCUAUCAACAGCUAUUCCCUGUACCACGACACAGCCUUCGAUUUCCAGGCCGCUGUAGCAAACCUCCAAGGGAACUACAACGCCUCUGAUCCUCGUUGGACAGACUACUGCACGCAGGUGAAUCGGACCGGGCCAGAUAGUUGCGUACACCUGAGAAUCGUCCCACAGGAGCCUAACACGGAGAUCGAUAGGCAACUGCUGCUGAACGUGCUUACGCAGAUUAGAGGCAUGGCGUACGACGUACCUGUGGCUUGGACGCUGGAAGCUAGUUUCUCAUUUGGACCAACUGGCGGUCAGACGAUAGGGGUGGGCUUCGUGCAUAAUGGGACGGCGGCAGAGGGGCUGAAUUUUGUGGUUCAGAGCGCUCCGCCUUUGGGUAAGGUGGCUGCAGCGCAGAAUGGCACGGUGCACGGCCUUAGGUCGUGA